CCUAAAAAAACUUUUAGAAAAUUUUCUCUCGCCAGCGAUUUUUGUGUGAUUAAAAAAAAUUUUUUGUCCAUUGAAAAAAAUUUUUUAUUAUUAAAUAAUUUUUCUCAAACCACGGAUCCUUUGUCUGCGGGACGAAAUUUCGAAACCGUGAAGUGUCCAUGUGUUUGUAUGAUCGAGUUUUAAAAAGUACGGACAAAUGUCACGAAGAACAAAGCUAGUGCAGGUGCUUUGUACGCGGAAUAAUAAUUGAAAUGAUAAAGCCAAGUUUUUUAUUUUAUCGUUUUAUCAAUAUACGAUUUUAGUGAUACGAUAGACUCUUAAUGGAUUUAUAUUCUACUUUGUGAUAUUCUACAUCACCUGGGAUUUUUUUGAACACGUAACUGACAUCAAGAUCGAUAAUAAUGCUAAUGCUAAUUUAUCUCCAAUGUUAGACUAUUUAUUUUUUUUUUCUCUUAAACCAAUUUUAGAUGCUGAUUUAUAAACGAGUCAAAAUGACAGCCGUAAAAUUACAAUCUUCACGGUCGGAUGACACUGAAUUAAACUGGCACAGAUCGACGACGUCAAAUAAUUCAGUAAUAAGGGACAGAAUUAACUAACUGGGAAAUUAAUCAAACGUGCCGACUAUUAGAUUUGUGUAAUUAUUUAACGAAUUGAAAUGGAAUGAAAUAACUCGAUUAAUUGAUAAAAUGACAUUAUAAACAAUGUAAAUAGUAUAAUAAUAAAAUAAUUUAAAAAUCAAAACAAAUUUAAAUACCGAUAAUGUGAUUUACAAAAAUAAAAUGACGUACAAGGGAGUUUUGUUGUGAUUUCCCGAGGAAAUCGGCCAACCGUUCACGCGAUUCAGCCGUUUAACUUGAAACGCGCUAUUGGUAUUCUUGAGGCUAUACACUGUGAAAGCCAGAGAAGUCUAAGUAAGGAGGAAUAACAAAAAAGUAUAUAAGAAGGAUAAGAGGCAAAGAAAGAAAAGUAAAAAUAAAAUAAAAAAUAAUAAUAAAAGAAAAAAAAUUUAGCAAAGUAAAAACGAAUAUAGAUUUAUACUAGCUAAGAAAGAGUAAAGAAAUUGCCGAGGAGGAGAUAUAUACCAUUACAGGAGUAAAGGAGCGCAGUAAAAGCCGCCACGGGGGCGAAUAGAAGGAAAAGCCGCGAAAAACAUGACGCCACGAAAGUACGUAACUUAUGGCCUCGCAUAAAUAACACCGCUGAGCUGGUAUAACCAACCAGGGAUCGAUGCCGCUUUAGAUUUUUGUUCACUCUGGUGAGCCCCGUUUAUCCGAACAACAGCCAAAGAACGAAAAAGCUGAAGAAUAUUACAGGGAAAGCGAACCGAGCCCGGCCGGCAUCAUCUCAAAUCAGGCAAGACUAUAAGAUACCAGCCAGACUAGUCCGGAGCAGACUACUUUUCUCUAUACACGCGGCAAGAAAAGAAAAGGAAAGGAAAUAAGAGAUAAUAAAAGAGCUUCUUGCUGGUUAUAUGGCAAAAAAAAACCGAAAGUUUUUAAAAAAAUAAGAGAAAAAUUAUAAGAAAUAUCAGUAUCUCUUUCUGGAUCUGUAUGAAGAAUAAAUAAGAAAAAGAAAAUACGGGAAAGAAACGAACCGAGACACCGGAGGGAAAAGCCUAAACUUUGUCGACAUGGAACUGUUGAUGUUGCUGGCUGCAGCAGCCAUCUUCUUGGGCUACUGCCAGACAGAUGAAAAAGUAUCAUUUUAUGGUUCGAGUUACAUCCACUUUCCGGUACAAGAAGCCAAAGGCAGUACCAACAUAAGUUUUCGUUUCCGAACACAUCUAUCCGAUGCAAUCCUAUUAUUGGCAGCUGGAAAAACGGACUACUGUUUGAUCAAGCUCGAAGCUGCAAGACUCAAGGUACAUAUUAAUUUGGGGGCUGGUGAGAGCGAAAUUGCCAGUCCGCGUGGAUUAACACUGAACGACCUCAGUUGGCACGAAAUCCAUUUAGUGCGCCAGGAGGCCAAUAUGACCUUACAAAUAGAUGGUAUUCAUAUCACGAGAACAUUAUUGCCUGGAAAAUUUUUUGUUUUAAAUAUAGUCUACGGUGUUUUUAUUGGAGGACAAGGAGAAUUUCACGAGCUGUUUCUCGGUCAUACGGAAUAUAUGCGCGGAUGUAUGGCGGAUAUUAUUUACAAUGGAGCAAACGUAAUAGAAUAUACAAAGUCACGACAAGGAAAAUCUGAAGCUAGUGCAGUAACGUGGGGCUGCUCAAAGGUAUUUGACGCAACAAAAAAAACAGAAAUAAGCUUCCUCGAAGAAGGUGCAUUCCUAUCGAUUUCACGGCCGAUAUCCCGCACAGGCUCUAGAUGGGAAUUCGAGUUGAAAACGACCUCCGAGAUGGGACUACUGCUGUAUAACGCAGGCCAGGCAUCUCACGCUGAUUAUUUGGGGAUUGAAUUGCAUGAAGGCAAAGUGCGACUGUUAAUGAACAAAGGGAACGGCGCGACCGAGCUGAUUCACUCUCUGACUGUGAAAGAUGGAAAAUGGCAUAAAGUAAUAAUAGAUUUUAGUCCAACAAUUAUUGGUAUCAGUAUCGACGAGAAGCCUGCAGAGCGGCUGAAUUUACCAUCCGGUGGAAAUCGAUACCUGGACUUGGCCGAAACAUUGUAUAUCGGUGGGACUGAGCUCAAUAAACGGGCACGGGCCAUUGCCCGCGGCAUUAAAUCCGGCGAUCGGAGUUACAAGGGCUGUCUCAGAAACAUGCUCCUGGAUUCCUCGGAGAUCGGUUUGCCUGACGUCAAAAUAAGUCAGGGGAUUGUCGCUGGGUGCAUAUGGUCUUAUCCCUGUUUCGAAAAGCGCCCGUGCAUACCAUCAGCAACCUGUUCACAAGUCGGAGUCAACUCGUUUGAGUGUACCUGUGAUCAACCUCAUUGCGUCACGUCUAAUUACGCCGAGAGCACUACGGAAAAUGGGAGUUUAGCUCUAGAUCUGGAGAUCCUAGCGGUGAAGAGCAUUGUGGUAGCAGAAGGUGAACAUGCAUUUGUUACCAGAGACACUAUUGCAAUGGUACUGGACAUUGCCAAGUACGGCGUAAAUGAGGACGGGAUAAUUUUCAGUCUAGCCAUACCACCAGAACACGGUAGGCUGACCCAAGAUUCAACCGCAGUGUCCGUACGUUCCUUCACAUUACACGACGUUUACCGAAACAAGAUCCAGUACGUACAUGACGGUAACGAAAGCCCGGAGGAUUCCAUGAUAUUGGAGUUGAAGCUGACGGCGGGAAUUGGCUUUACGGUUCCUGGAUAUCUACAGAGCCGUCUGAGGUUCCCCCUUAAUGUCAAUGUAACACCGGUGAACGACCCGCCGGUUCUUGAAAUACCGACCACCAAGGUCCUCAGACUUGCUCAAGGAACGCGAAAAACGCUGAACAAAGAGUUGGUAUGGACAGUUGAUCCGGAUACGCCGGCAAAUAUGUUGGUUUACACAGUGUUACGUACUGACAUUGAUGCUGGUCACGUUGAAAAAGUCAAUCAAUCAUCGGUCGGUCCCAUCGAGACUUUCACUCAGAGUGAGUUAGCUCACGGGCUCAUCUCCUAUGUUCAUCAUGGAAACACCAAAUCAAACGCCAUGCUGGGUCUACGAGUAACAGACGGGCAAAAGAUGAGUAAACAGUCUUUUCUAAGAAUAUCUGCGUACCCACUACAGAUAAAAUUAACACACAACACCGGACUGGUAGUAGUCCAUCAGUCAUUUUCAUAUUUAACACCAGGGAACUUAUCUUUCGCUACUAACUCAGACGACAAGACCGUUGAAAUUUUAUACAGCAUAAUAGUAUCACCGCAGUACGGAGUGGUACAAAAAUUAAUACCACAAGCCAAUUAUUGGACAAACGUUGAAAAUUUCACCAACAAAGACAUUGAAGCUCAUAUCAUAAGAUAUCUGCACAACGCGGCAAGUCCGGCUCAAGACGUAUUUAAAUUUCAAGCGAGUGUUCGUGACGUUAAAACACACCAAACUUUCGACUUUAAAAUAACGUUUAUUGAUAUGGAGUUGAAAGAAAUUAAGCAAACUCCCGUUGAAUUCACAGCCAAUGCCAAUGCCAAAGAAAUAAGAAUAAGUAAUGAGAAUUUAAAGUAUCAAACAAAUCCGUUGAUGACUCCAACGUCGAAUAUAGAGUUUACAAUACUUAAGCCAACAAACUUCGGUAAUAUUAUUGUCAGUGAUGAUAAUAAUAACGAUAAUGAUGAUCGUUAUUUGGUUAAAGGCGAUAAAUUUACUCAAGAAGACAUUGAUAUGGGUAAAUUAACGUAUCGAUUAUUCAAGAGAGGAUAUUCGUCUAUUGACGAUGAAAUUUUAUUCCAAGUGAGUGCACCACAAUGUCAACCCUUGAGUUCAAGUCUCUCAAUUAAAUAUUCGAUUGGCGCAAGCUCAAAGCCAUCCUUGUCCUUCUCUUCAUCGUCAGCGUUACCAUUUCACCCGCUCACAACGACAGCAACUAAGGAGAGGUUAAAUGUAAAAGAAGGAUCACAAGUAGCUUUGAGUAUCACUCGAAUAAAUCUGAAAGAUUAUAAAGUGAAUGGACUGCUUUACAAUAUAUCCCAACUACCACAGCACGGAUCAUUGUCGAUACAAUGUAUUUCAAAUCAAACAGCCAGAUCAAACAUAAUAUCCUUUACUUCAGAAGAACUGGCAAGUCAAUCAGUUUUUUAUGUUCACGACGAUAGUGAAACUACAAAAGAUUCAUUUCAAUAUUUCGCAGUGUCUACCGACGACACAGAUUUCAUGUACGUCGGUACAUUUAACAUCGAUAUUACUCUGAUAAAUGACAAUCCACCAGAAUUGUCAGCAACUAGAGUCUUUGACGUUGUCAUUAACGGAGAACGUGUGAUAACAAGUAAGGAUCUGAUGUACAUCGAUCGGGACGAGGGAACACGUCCCGAAGACUUGAUUUAUAUAAUUCGUAAUGUCACCAACGGAGAAAUUUAUUCACCAGGUGAUCAUUCUUCAAACACCGCUCAACGUCUGCAAGAGUUUACUCAGCAGGAUAUAAAUUACCGGCGUGUUUUAUUCAAACACCACGGCGAUGAUAAAGGAUAUUUAGAUUAUUACGUUAGCGAUGGUAAUUUACGUACGCUAGGAAGCUUAAGAAUUCAAGCAAGUGCGCCUUACGUAAGGUUCGUUGAAACUAAUGCAUCGAUCGUUCAGUAUAACAGCUCUCUGGUGUUAACGACAAAGGACUUUGAUAUUGCCACUAAUGUCGACAUCAGUGAUAAAGACGUAAUGUUUACUAUAUCAAGCCGAUCAAAGCACGGCGUUAUACUGAAAAAUAAUCUCGAAACAAGUUCAUUCACUCGGGAAGAACUUGCGCAAAAAAUGGUGUCCUACCGUCAUUUGGGUGGCUCGAUGACCAAAGACGAAUUCCGGGUUAAUGUUACCCUAAACGGGGAAGGAAGUGUCUCAGCUGAAACUAGAGUUAUAAUAAAAGUUUAUCCAAAAGGGUACUGGGAGCCGCUUAUUGUCCAUAAUAAUCGUGUUAUUUUGGUGGAAGAGGCCACCAGUGUUUUGAUUGGCCGUAAAAAUUUGGAAAUAGGCCACCCGAAAAUUCCCUCGGCGGAAAUAACUUAUUUGAUACGUGAGUGGCCGAGAAAUGGGUAUUUAGAAAUCCAAACACCGAGCGAAGGGCAUACCAGCAGCAGUGGUAGUAGUGAAGAGGCUAAAGAUGACUACGAGGCAAAUCUCGUGAGGCACUUUGAUCAGAGUGUAAUUAACGAGGGUCGUGUUUACUACGUUCAGUCGGUUGCCAAUCAAACUGAGGAUAGUUUCGUUGUGGAUGUUACCAAUGGAAUUACCUGGAUGCGGGGUCUCGUUAUUGAUUUUAUAAUUAUUCCUGACAAACUUUACAUUAAAGCCGGGAAUUUAAGUGUUGUUGAGGGUAAAAAUUCAAUAAUUGAACCCUCUAAUUUUCAUGUUAUUACGACAUACUACUCUGGUAAGCUCACGGACUACCGUAUUGUUGAUAAACCAAAGCAUGGCUUGAUAAUGGACUCGGUUAAGCAAAAUCAGGUUAAAAAAUUUUCCCAAAAACAUUUGGAUGCGGGAAUUAUUUAUUACAAGCACAAUGGAGACGAAAGUUAUACAGAUUAUUUUCAAGUUACAAUAACUGCUGGUGACAAAACAAGUCAACCUGUUGAUGUUUGGGUUAAUAUACAACCCGUCAAUGAUCAAAUUCCGGUUUUAUUAAAUCAAUCUGUAAUAAAAUUAUGGCAAGGCGGGAGCAGUAUUAUUACCAGCAAUAAUCUUUCAGCCUUUGAUAAUGAUACCCAGCCAUCUGAUAUCGUUUAUAAUGUUACGAGAACGAAAAAUGUUUAUUUAUCAUUGGUUAAUUUAUCGAACGUUGAUAUUUACAAUUUCACGCAGAAGCAAAUUAAUCAAUCGGAGGUAUUAAUAACCCAUACUAACGGCACAGAUGGAUACUUUAGUUUUACAUUGUUUGACGGUUUACACACAACACAACAGUACAAUAUUACUGUAGAGACAAUGCCAGUUAAAUUGAGUAUUUAUAGAAAUGAUGGGCUCAAUAUUUUUCCCCUAACGAGAAAACCAAUCACGGAUAAACUACUGCUGGUAAUGUGUACUGAUAAACAACGUGAAAUAAAAUACAUUGUACGCCGUGGUCCGCAUCUGGGAAAAAUAAUAAUGGAGACAAAUGAGGGGACCUGGCAAGAAGUUGACAGAUUUACACAGCAAGAUUUAAAUAAUAGCAAAGUAACCUAUGAGCACACUAAACAAUUUAUGGAUUUAUCGACCAAUGAUUCAUUUAUUUUUGAUGUGGAAACACCUUUCGCUGAAAUUAUCAAGAAUCAGAUAUUUCAAAUAGAUGUUUCCGUAUCAAGUGGAGGUUUAGGUCGCUAUAUUACUAUAAAUCCGGUUCACGUUGAGGAGGGAGGUACAGCAUCAGUAUCGAUGAAUAUAACCGGGAUUAUUAAAUACCUACGGACGAAAACCGGGAUAGAAAAUCCAGUGGUAUUGUCGCACUUAACAAAUCAGCCGACAUAUGGACACGUAAUGUUGCUACCAGAUUUAAAUAUUACAACAUUUACUCAGCCUCAGAUAGAGGAUGGAAGAGUGGCCUACUAUCACGAUCAUUCAGACAGUACCGAAGACAACAUAAACUUCUCGGUGUAUCUUACACCAGGACACGUAAUGCUGUGCAACGCAACUAUUCCCGUGAUUAUCUCACCGGUAAAUGACCAACCAUUCAAGCUGGUAACAAAGAACCCAUUUAUCACAGUUGUGCAGAAUCAAACCCAGACAAUAGACCGUGAAAGUCUGCUGACUACAGAUGCAGAUACACCGCCGGAAGAACUGGUAUACGAUGUAAUAUCAGCGCCAACUGCGGGACGUCUUUUGCUGUUUACCUUUGAGCAAAAUUCAUCAGAAGUACGGCAAGUUAACAAAUUCACUCAACAGGACGUUGACUCAAACAGACUAGUUUACGAGCACAAUGGCUCUUCCCAACCAGUAGUAUUUUAUUUUCGGGUAUCUGAUGGCCGAUUUACGCCCGUUUACACAUUAUUCAAUGUUCAUGUCCUACCAAUAAAAUUAAAUAUCACAACGCCCAAUCCCGUGACGCUGCAGCAGGGGUUCAACAUGGGGAUCGUUACCGAAGAAAAUAUCAGACUGGACACAAAUGCCCGUCAUGAACACGUAACAUAUGAAAUAACGAGCCCACCUCGACACGGCACUCUAUAUGUCAGAGAUAUUGCUGCGAUAAAAUUUAAACAUCCGGAUUUAUUAUCAAAGAGCGUAGUAUUUGUGCAAACAGAUAUGACCGCAUCUAACGACAGUUUUAUACUUUCAGCUCGAUUAAGUGAUUACGAGGUAUGGGGUAUUCAAGUAACCAUAAAAGUUGUACCGUUGAUGAUAAUACGACCUAUGCUGGCGUUUGCCGGUGAUAAAAAUCAGAUAACGUUGAAAUCAAUGGACGCAACCCCAUUAGCUGAGGCGACUAAUGGAAAUCCAAUUUACCGCAUAACUGGUAAAUCACAAAAUUGCAAACUAAAGCGUAUUAUAAGAAAUUCUGGUGACAAACGCACCACCAGAGAACGUGAAAUAUCAAGAUUUUCUCAUCGUGAUAUCAUACUCGGUGUAAUUUAUGUUGUAUGCCGCAGAAAACACACUACAGACACUGGAAGUGGUAAUGCCUCUGGAGGAUUUCGUGAUAGCUUCAAUUUUACUCUCACUGCCUCGACAUAUCAGCCAGCAGAUGGUGUGCUGGAGUUGAAGAUUAAAUCGGAUCCUGAGGUGUCUAAUAACACACUUGGAGGACCGAUGGACCCGGUGGGACACGAAGGUGAAAUGGCACUUGCUCCCAAUAUUAAUCACGACUAUAUUCUCAUUCUCGGAAUGCUAUUAGGUGUAUUUGUCCUCGGAAUACUGACCAUUAUUUUGAUACGUUGUCGACAUAAAAGGUACAAAGGUAAUCAAGAGAAUAAAACAAAUGAACCAACUCCCACUGUCGGGGUUAUACCUUUACCUCGACCCCCUGAUCAUCUGAUGCCUGUUACUCCGCAUUUAAAGCGAUAUGAUCAUGAUCACAUGGACAUCACGUCGAGUACGCCUCUUCCUUCUUUGCAUUCAUCCAUCACCUCAUCCCUGCCCCAGUGCAAAGUUAUUCCUUUGAAUCCGCUGGACAGCAUCGCCGGUUCAGAUGCUGAUAUUUCCGCGCGGUAUCCUUACGGAGUCGCGGAUGCUGAUGAAUGGAGCAGCUUCGAUACCUCAGAGUUGCCUCCUUUGCCUACGACUACCCGCAGAACGGCUCCCUUGCUCAGGAGAAAUCAGUACUGGGUCUAGCAUUCGGCCCCAUCGGGUCACUCCGAUGUUUCUACCAUCCCAGAGCACGAACCCGGAUAACCAAAUUACCCGGGUACGUAACUAUUAUUUUAAUAAAUAAUAAUAA